UAAUCUGUUGCUCGUCUUCAUCACCAUCAGAUUUUUUUUUAAAAAAAAUUCAACCCUACCGUUCUUGCUUCAACCUCUCCUCCCCCGCUUCUCUCUUCUUCCUCUGAAAAUAGACGUCAAAAACAGGAUUAAUUCGAGGAAGAACAAGACUGAGCUUUUCCUUGCCAUCUCUUCAUAAUGCAGUUUCAUCUUCCUUUUGGUGGAGAAAGUCAUGAGCUCGGCUAAAUCCUAAUUAAAACUAAAAUAUGUGAGCGAGGUCUCCCUUUUCACAUUGCAAGCUGCCUAAACAAUCCUUGACCGAGAGAAUGUUUGGGUCACAAACUCAGAGCGAGAUCUCUUAUAGAUUACCUUCCCUUAUAUAUCAAUGGAAAAACACCAUGAUCAACGCUAAAAGCUCUACCAAAACCUCACACAAUAGCGGCAGUUCAUGGAAGGCAGCCAGAGUCAAUGUCAAAUUCCAAGAUCUUUAUGAUUUCACAGUAGAGGGUAACAUUGAUGAUGUUAAUGUACUGAAUGAAGUGAGGGAGAGGGUGAGGCAGCAGGCAAAGGUGUGGUGGGCUCUUGAGGCCAGUAAGGGUGCAAAUUGGUACUUGCAACCUCAGAUAUCUUCCAAAGGAGAGGGCAUCAGCGUGGCUUCACUGAAGCUUUCAGUGCUUACAAACACAAUUUCUCUAAGAAAGCUUAUAAGGAAGGGUAUUCCUCCGACUCUGAGACCUAAGGUGUGGCUCUCAGUUUCAGGUGCAGCAAAGAAAAGAUCAACUGUGCCUGAGAGCUACUAUGAAGAUCUGAUUUUGGCUACCCAUGGAAAGGUUACACCUUCAACGAGACAGAUUGAUCAU